AUGUCCCAAAUUUCGAUUAAAAAAGGUCCCAUCAGCCUCUCCGGCCUCCUCUUCAAGCCGACAGGGCAGUCCGGGAAGACACCGGGUCUCGUUGUUGUCCAUCCAGGUGGUGGUGUCAAGGAACAGACUGCAGGCACAUAUGCGAAAAAGCUUGCUGAGGCAGGCUUUACGACAAUCGCCUAUGAUGCGGCCUUCCAGGGUGCCAGCGGAGGAGAGCCUCAUUUCCUCGAAGAUCCAAAUGAGCGUGUGAGCGAUGUCUACGCUGUCAUCGAUUACCUCCAGAAUCUUGACUCAGUGGACUCAGACAAGAUUGGCGUACUGGGCAUCUGCGCCGGAGGUGGCUACGCAGUUGCCGCCGCCAAGGGAGACCAGCGAUUGAAAGCUGUGGCAACCGUCAGCAUGGUGAACAUUGGAGAUUCCGCACGGCUUGGGUGGGAUGGCGAUGAGGACCCAUUGGAGAAACUUGCCUCCUUGAAGGCAGCGGCAGCCCAGAUCACCGCCGAGGCGAAAGGUGCUGAACGUGCAGCUGCACCAUAUGUCCCUCCCCAGCCUGAUGACAAGACCCCUCGAGAUAUGAGGGAGGCUAGCGACUACUACCUUACGCCCCGGGCUCAGCAUCCCCGUGCCGAAAACAAGAUGCUGUAUCUUAGCUUCCCCCGUGUUCUCACCUUCGACGCGUUCCACCUCGCAGAUGUCUUCCUCAAGCAACCCGUUCUUCUCAUUGCUGGUUCUGAUGCUGGAUCGCUGUGGCAUACCCAGAAAUUGGACAAACUUAUUGGUGGUGCGACUAGGAAGGUCAUUGUUCCAAAUGGAGCGCAUAUGGACUUUUACGAUAACGAAACCUACGUGGGCCCUGCAGCGCUGGAUGUUGCUGAGUUUAUGAAAAAGCACUUGUCAUGA